UUUACCGCGUGUGUGUGUCAGUGUUGUUAGGCCGGCAACACUUUCUCCUUCAUGCUAUUACACCAACUUGUUGGGCCGAGUGACAUGAAGAAUUUAAUAAAAAAACGGAGCAAUAGUAAUCUUCAGGGACAAUGGAAUCGGUAUCCUCGGACUUCAAACUCUGUUCAGGAAUGUUUGGGAACGAAUCAAAAUGCUACUAUAUAUAAUUCCAGUUAUAAACCAAGAGAAAAUAUCUCAGAGUUUGAAACUGUAGAAGAACGAAACCGACGACAACCAAUGGAAGGCCAAUUGAAUAAAUAUACUAAUGUGAUGAAAGGAUGGCAGUUCCGAUGGUUUUCACUUGAUCCAGAGUCUGGUUACCUGGAAUAUUUUGAGAAAGAGGAACACAAGAAACAAAGACCAAGAGGGGCCCUGCAUCUUGCAGGCGCUGUUAUAAGCCCAUCAGAUGAAGAUUCACAAACUUUCAUUGUACAUGCAGCAAAUGGUGAAUUGUAUCGACUAAAAGCUAUUGAUGCCCGUGAACGACAACACUGGGUCGAUAAGUUACGAGCGACAGCGGAAUAUCACACAGCAAACUUGGCACAGAACCCUCCGCCGGUUCCAACAAGACAUACAGAUGGAGUUUUGUCUGCUUCAAACAGCGAUUGCUCUGCUUCAUCAAGAAAGCCACCAAGUGAUCUAAAUGCUAACAACAGACGACUUGCCAAUUCAACGGAGUCUUUACCCACCAUUGUAACAAUGAGAUCGCAAUACAAAAUCCCAGUUACUCAAUCACCUUCUGUGGAUCCUUUCAAAGAUGUUAAGGAGUAUCUUUUUCAAGCAGCGGAAUAUUCCAGCAACUUAGGAGAAAAAAUUACAGAACUUCCACAUUCUGGGCAAUAUAUUAAUGGAAUUGAUAAGGAUCUGCUCCUCCUUAAAGCAACUUCUUCUGCAACUGUUCAUUGUCUUCAAGAUUGCCUUAAUAUUCUCCAGAUGCGACAAAUUCUAAUACAUGGAAACCAUGUGCCACGAUUGUUUUUGCUGAACACAUUUAAUAAAAAUGCUUUAAGUGGACCUUUUUCCUUACAUGAUCAUCAUCAACAUUCACAGUCCUUACCCCCCUCGAUGUCUCUAGCUAAGCAAUCAGUUCAGCAUCAACGGCAGGCGCAUACUGAUCCUGAAUCAUCAGCAAUAACUUCCCAACAGCAACCCAAACAAGGGCAACAUCAGACAUCAAUCUACAUCACUCCACAUUCAGAAACGUUACCAUCAGACCAGCCAUCGCCAUGUGACAGUUACAUCUCCACCACAUCUCUGUCUUACUCUACUCCUACUGCUGUUAUGAUGGAUAAAAAAUGUGAUGGAUUCAUUGAUCACAUGCAAGAUGUUGAAGAUGAAGAAGAAUACAAGGACACAGAACUUGGUGCUGUUGAGGAACAUAAAAGCAUUAUAUUACAUCUACUAUCUCAACUAAAAUUAGGAAUGGAUUUAACGAAGGUAGUCUUACCAACUUUCAUUUUGGAAAAAAGGUCGUUAUUAGAAAUGUUUGCUGACUGUAUGGCACAUCCACUGCUGUUUCUAAAAAUUCCUGACCUUGCAGAUCCUGAACAAAGGAUGCUUGCAGUAGUUGAGUGGUACCUAACAUCUUUCCAUGCUGGCAGACAGGGUUCGGUUGCCAAGAAACCAUACAAUCCAAUUCGAGGAGAGACAUUUCAUUGUUCCUGGAAAUUUCCUAAGAAUUGCAGCAAGUCAUCUGAUGGUCACACUGACAAUGGUUUCAACACAGAACAAAAUCCCUAUCUAUUAACCUAUUGCGCUGAGCAAGUCUCCCACCAUCCACCAAUUUCAGCCUUUUAUUUUGAAUGUCCAGAUAAACAAAUUUCUAUGAAUGCAUCAAUAUGGACCAAAUCUAAAUUCAUGGGAAUGUCAAUAGGUGUUAUGAUGGUUGGUAAAGUAUCAUUGAAUUUAUUGGAGUUUGAUGAAGAAUAUGUAUUUGGUCUACCAAGUGUUUAUGCUCGGUCAAUUCUCACAGUUCCUUGGGUAGAGCUUGGAGACAAGAUUAACAUUAAUUGUCGCAAGACUGGUUAUUCUGCUGCUGUAACAUUCCAUACUAAGCCUUUUUAUGGAGGUAAACUUCAUCGGAUUGCAGCAGAAGUGAAAAAUAAUAUGGGUACCAUCAUAUGUAAAGGGCAAGGAGAAUGGAAUAAUUAUUUUGAAUUUACUUAUGAAAAUGGAGAAACAAAAACUAUUGAUGUAAGUAGUCUGGAGAUUAUGAGAAAGUGUGUUCGCCCUAUUUCAAUGCAAGGAGAAUUUGAGUCAAGGAGACUCUGGCAACAUGUCACUAAUGCUUUGAAACUGGGAGAUGUAAAUAUUGCUACAGAACACAAGAAAUUUUUGGAAGACCGUCAACGAGAAGGGGAAAGAUUACGGAAAGAAACAAAUACAGAGUUUGCAACGAAGCACUUUCACCUAGAUGGAGAAGAUUGGGUCUACAAUAAAAUCCUUCGAAGUCGGCAUAAAGAGCACUGUGAUAUAAACAAGGAUAUAAAAGAUAACAACAACAGCGAAGAUGGCAAAAGUUGUGCUGAAAGUCCAUUUAAAAGCAAUAAAGUGAGCCAGAAUGAACAAAAAAUGUCUCAGUCAAAUAACUGCUAUGAUAUCAGUGGGGCGGCACCAAAAAACGAGAACACUUUCUCAAAAGACAAAAGUCAAAAGAAAGACUCACUAUCCAAAACGAAAAUUUCUCCAAAAACUAAUCGGACCAAUAAGAACGAGAAAACUCGCAAAAACGAAAAAUGUUUGAAAGAUGUCUCUUGAUGAGUGCUUUCAUCCUGUAGAAGUGAUUUAACUUCAGAAAGGUCUUUCAUUAACUUAGAGAGUUAUUUAGAAGCCUAACGGCCGAGACCAGGCUUGAUGUCGGCUGAAUAGGGUUUGACGACCAACUUCCUCAUCAAAUCUACUGAGCUGCUUUUAUCUCAGUGGCCUCCUGAGGUUUCUAUUGUUUUUUCUUUUCUUUCAAAAAGUAACUUGAACAAUAACUGCAGAUAUGUCAUUAUGACAUGACAAUUUCAGUUGAUUUGAGAAAGGAAGACCAAACGAAAAUAUACUAUGCUUUGGUUGAAAUGGUAUUAGCAGCAGUAGUGCAGUUGAAGAAUCAGAUUUUUUUUUUUUUGUCUUUUGGCUGCAUUUCUUAGCUAAUCCUGUUGCUUUCUUUCCACAUUGCAUGUACUGGAUGCCUUUCUUCGUGGGCUUGCAGUGACUUGCUUUUGUGAUAUGAUUAAAAAAAAAGUAUCUGUUAAUAAUAAUAAUAAUAAUAAUAAUGAUAAUAAUAAUAAUAAUAGAAUAUAGGCAUUCUGUGAAAAUACUUCCUCUUGCUGCCAUUGCAUCUCUUACUUUUCAAUUAUCCGAAAAAUGAGUGAUGAAAUUGAGGAAGAAAGAGAGAAAAAAAAAAAAGUAUGGAACAAAUUCUGUGAUUAUUUCUGCUGUAAAUAUUAAGCAUAUCAUAAAUUUUUACUGAAUUCCAAAAGACCUG